AUGCUUCUCGAACCUAUCGAUUCCGCCUUCUCCCCCGCCCGCUCCCUAUUCAAGCGCUGCAAGCAGUGCGACACCUCCUCCCCAGCCUGCCCAUCAUGUGAUGAUGGAUACACAUGCACAAUGAGUGCGCAAACUUGCGACUCAUGCGCCACUACGAAAUGCGUCUCAAUGGGUGGCUCUCAACCGUCCGACUCCGGGGGCAGUGACGCUGGGGCCAUUGCUGGUGGCGUCAUCGGUGGUGUAGCUGCCAUUGCUAUCAUUGUCUUUUUGGUCUGGUGGUUCGUCAUCCGUAAGAAGCGCCUGGAGCGCCAGGAGGCGGAGAAGAAUGGCUCGUUCGCGGCCGCUCGCAGUGAACGCCAGUCCAUCGCCUCCACAGUUCUGACCCGUGCCUCCAACGUCAUUCAAAUCGCCUACAUUCCUGGUGUCACCAAUCGCUCCCCGCCCGAGACACCAGCCUCCCUCGUCCCGCCCGUUCCCCCUCUUCCCGGUGCCUCUCCCGACCAACACUUCUUCAUGCCUGGUGACCUGCGUGACUCUUCAUGGACCACCACUACCGGCCAUCAGAGCAUCUCACCCACUUUGCGCAGCAGUGUUGCGACAACCAUCUACCGCAAUGACGCCAUUGUCAGUGCCGUUCCCGCCCAGCAGAUCCAGCGCUCUCGUGCCGCCGUCGUCAGCAUCCACAACGGAGGUGCUGGAAACAAUGCACCUGGUGACGACUCCCCUGUCGCCGUUACAGUCACCCCUGCGGAUGCGCCUGCCGUUCCAGCUAUCACUCCUGCACAACUUGCUCGCGCGGAGGCUGUCAAGGGUAACAGCUCCUGUGUGGCUCGCAGCGUAACCGCCAAGCCUGUCAUGGUUCGCGGGCCUUCCCUGAAGAAAAAGGAAAAUCAACCCCAACCUAUCAAUCGAAUCGAAGAAGUCUCUGAGCACAGCAAAAGCAACAACACCAGCCGAGCAGUAUCCACCACAAGUGACCAAUUCAACCACGACAUCUCCACCUUCGACGGCUCUUCCUCAGACGAGGAAGACCUACCAUACCCCUCCUCAACCGCCAACUUAGAAACAGGGUCAUCACAGCGCCAUGUAGACCGAACAUCCGGUCUCAGCGAUGGACGAAGUUCGACUCGGACACCACCAGCCCGAGUAGAGAGUCCAUUCUCGGAUGCUAACGAGGUCAAAUAA